UCUGAACUGCUUUUGGCAAGCCAGGCUCCUGUUGGUCCUCACCACCCUCCCCAUGGCUGCUCCCCCCGAUCCUUUCCCCGUCUGGCUCCCGCUCCCCCUCCCCGGUCGAAGCCCUGCCAGGGACAUGGCAAAUCAGCGCGAAGCCUGCGGGGCAAAUCGGUACAAAUGAGACCAAGCAAGAGGGUGGGGAGGGACGGCGAGGGGGGGGGGGAUGACUCUUGGGUUGGCGCUUCUGUUGCCGAGUUUGAUGUUUCCUGCAAACAACCCUGUAAAUGCUCAGGAGCGGCUCCGGACAUCACCUGGCCCCUGCCUCGGCGGGGUUUGGGGACGCUGGGUCCCGGGAGGGGGGACAGCCCUCCCCCCCGCUCCCACGGCCUCCCCGCAGCCUCCCGGCCCUGAGCAGGGACCCAGCCGGGACGGAAAAGGGACCGAGCUGGCAUACAGCGCUUCCCGGAGAGGUGUGGGAAGAUUCGCACACCCUGCCCCUCUGUUCCCACAAGGAGCCAUCUCCGGGCACCCACCGCCAUGUCCAAGGACGACAUGGGCUGCAAGCUGACCUCGGUCUACAAGCACAAGGAGAGGAAGCCGAAGAAGCCUCACUACAUCCCAAGGCCAUGGGGCAAACCCUACAACUACAAAUGCUUCCAGUGCCCCUUCACCUGCAUGGAGAAGUCCCACCUCUACAACCACAUGAAGUACAGCCUGUGCAAGAACUCCCUGUCCCUCCUCAUCGAGUCCGACUGGCCCUACAAGAAGGGGAACCUGCUGCACCCGGAGCUGCGGCUCCUGCACACGGAGCCCUCCCGGCUGCGCGGGCGCAGGGAUGAGCAGGACACCUGUGACUCCUCGGCCGCCUCGGUGGGGUCGGGCAGGACCAAGCAGCCCCCAGGCAGGGAUGGCCACGAGGACAAGCCAGGGGUAGAGAUCCUGCCUGCUGAAGGAGCUGGUGAAGAGGGCGGCCAGUUCCAGGAGGAGGAGGAGGACGUCGCAGGCCUGCUGCGGGAGAUGGAUGCGGGGGAGAAGAAAGAGAAAAGCGAAGAGGCAGGUUGCCAAGGUGACCCAGCUGAACCAGAAGUGAAUGCUUUGGUCUUCGGCUUCAAGAACAAGAGGGACAACAAGCCUUGCAAGGAGGUGGAGCCCGACUUCAUCAUCACGGAUGUCUUCUCCCUCAAGAACCAUGUCAUGAAGAGCAGGGAAAUGGCCUCCCCUGACCUAGAUGCUAAGCCAAAGCAUUGCAAAGUGCCAAAGAAAUGCCUGGCCAGCGGUGGGAUCCUCAUGGAGCAGUGGAAGCUGGUGGCAAAUGGGCAAAGGAGGAAUACACCUGAGGUCUCCCCACCUUGUACUGACAGCAACAUCAUCCCGUGCUAUCCACCUCCAGCCUACAGUGACUACCACGAACCUCAGGGCCUGAACCUCUCACUGCUGGGUAUCAACUACCCAUUAAACCCCAGCCUCUUCUCCUACCUGAGCCCCACCAUGGCCAACAGCACGACAACACACCCACACUUGGCUCAGCUGCCCUUCCUGGCCUCCACAGCCCAGCUGAUGCACCCACAUGCCUCCCACUUCCAACCUCUGCAGACCCCCGAGCGCUCAGCCUUCCUUCCCCGCUUCUACUACCCCUUGCUCUUUGAGCACACCUUCGGCUCCACUGACAGCAAGAUGUCCUCCAGCAAGCCAGACACCCAGCAGCUGGUGGGCUCAGUCAUGCCCACACCACCCCAGGCCAAACCUCCCAAUGAGCCAACCAAACCCGGGCUGCUGAAGGUACCCGUCCUGAAGACAGGUUUUCCUUGGUCCAAAGGUGUCCGGGAGGAGCCAGGCUCUGAGCUCAGCCACCCUGCCAUGCUGGGGCAGGAAGAAGAAGAGAAAUGGCUGUCCCAGGAGAAGGAGGGCGGCCCAGCUUUGGGCCUCACCAACCUGCGCAAAAAGCCAGCCACUGACAUCUACCAAACCGUGGUGGGGGUGAAGGAUGGUGCUUUCACCCACGGCGGCGUCCGGAAGACAGAGCUGGGAGUGGUGACCUGUCUGGAGACCAGCAGCCCUCCAGGAAACCCACUGAAGAGGAAGUUCCCAGCCAACGGGCUGGAUUUGAUAGGACCUGAGAGGAUGAUGCCUGAAAAACUCAGCUACCAGGGCAGUGGUUCAAGGGCCAACCCUGGCCAUGUCCCAAAGGCCCUCGACCACUGGCACACAGAGAUCCUCGCAGGGCAGCCUGAGGAACCAGAAAGGGGCAAUGACACCGAAGUCCUUCCCUCUGUGGGUGCUGCCCUGGACCACAGUCUCUGUAAGCAGAGCAGACCCCAAGAGACAUCUGCAACCAUGACAGACUCUGAGGCAACAACUGUGCUCAUCGGGGACCUGUCCAAAACCUUGGAGGAGUACCAGGAGGUGGAGAAGAAACUGUCUGAUCUGGCAAAGGAGGACACCCCUGGGCAAAAAGAGCUGAGGGACCAGCUGGUCAAAAUACGAAGGGAGCUCUACCACAUCCACCAGGCACUGGAGAAAGCCACCAAACCCCAUGAGGGGCCACUGGACCUGUCGGUGAAGAGAUCCUCGGAAGGUCUGGAGAAGGUCCAGCAGGCCAAGAAGGAACCCUGCAACAUGAGCCUGGGAAGUGAGAAGCUCCACGGCAAAGACCAAGGGCCCCUCAGCAAAUGUCCGGCCACGGGGGAGGCCGGAGAUGGGGAGGGGCUGCCCAGCUGCCUCCUUGAGGCCGAGAACAAAACCAUCGACCUGCUGAUCAAGAUGAGCCGCUCCGAGAGCCUCCGUGCGGCCUCGUCCGAGGGCCCCCUGGGCGCCGUGAUCAAGGCCGAGGUGCUGCCGCUCUCAGUGCCCCUGGAGCUGCGGCACGUCAUGGAGCCCUACUACAGCCGCACCACCAAGUGCGAGGCCGACUCCAGCGUCCUGCUCUGCUCCGAUGGCAGGUCCGGCACCGCCCAGGGCCCUCAGCUCCCGGUCCCCGCCGAGGACGGGCCCCUGGGCUGCCGGGCCAUGCAGCGCUCCCUGUCCCGUGGCCUUCCCGGCGACACCGACGCCGUGUGUGUCCACAGCCCUCUGCAUGCAGACCCCUAAAUCCACCUCGCUCGAAAGCUCCUGGAUCUCACUGACCACCUCAUGCUUCACCUCGCCAGCGUUCCACCUCUCCACUCCUCCUCUUCCCCAUGGAUGAAAGCUCAGCCGCUGCCUGGCUGGAGCCACGUUCUGGGGGUCCAGCCAGCUCCCCUGGAUGACUCCACAAGAUGUGAAAAUCCAGUCCCUGUCCUCCCUCAGUGUCACAGACAGUGCUGCUGGGCUCUCCAUGCUCCUCAGCCUCAGCACCCUGCUCCUGGAACUCCCUUCCAAAGGGAAGUCGUUAGCAGCAACAAUGGACCACUGCUAAAAGCACCAGGCUCUCAGCAAAAGGCUCACCCAGCCCUCUCAUCAGGGACACUCAGGGACAUUUACAACCCAGCUCCCAUAGUCUGUGGACAGGGGAGGGACUACAGAGGGCCAAGCCUUGGUCCAGGCUGUGCUCAAGGAGACCGUGGCUGUCACCUUGUGCAGAGCAAAGACACAGUGGCUUCACCUCAUGGAGGCUGGAGGGUCACAGUAGGGAAUCGAAUGCACAGCUGGACUGACCCAGACGACAAGUGUUUUCCACACUCUGGAGACAAGAACAUCCUCCCAGUCACAGUGACAAGGUGACAUGGCAGCCACCUUGCCAGCUCCACACCUGGGUCCUGAGCUCUCCUCCAGGGGCGUUUGCCACACAUGGGGAAUGCUGGGCUGUGGGGACUUGCUCCUGUCCACUGACCAUCCAGGGUCUGGUUCCUCCUUUCACCUUAACACAGAAAGAACCUUCCCUCCCUCUGCCCCUUGGCCUCUGCCCAAGCAGACAUGAUGCACAUUCCUCACCAUGGCCCUGAUUCUGCAGAGUUCAGAAUGCUCCUGCCCACUAGUCCUAAUCCCCCAAAUGAUGGCACAUGGGACAGCAAAAUGGGUGAGAUGAUGCUGCCAUGAACCACACAGCUCAAGGGACAAAGACCCCAAAAACAACUGAAGGGACAAACUUGUCUCAAGCUGGAACAAGGCUGAGCAGCCACCCUUGAGCCAGACCACUGGGGACCCACCCACACAGUCAGGUGCCUGAUGCUUGUGGGAUCAGCAUCAACCUUCCCAAAAGGUCACCUUUUCCCCAUGUUCCUGCCUCUGUUGGGCAGACUGGGACCCACCACAGGGCAGUCACACCACCCUGUCCCCUGCCACCCUGCUAAGCAGCAUCUGGCUCUGGCUCAGGAUGUCACCAUGCUUGGGGGCCAGGAAUUCUUGGAGUCCCUCCCUCCAGUGCUCUCCUCCUGGAAAAGCUGGGCACCCUUUCUUUCCCAUCCACACUCCCUGUUCAGGACACGGUGGGGUGUCCUGGUAGCGCCCAGGGCCUUCACCACCUUGACCUGGGGGCUUGUUUUUUGGAAUGAGAAACACUGGGAUGGGGGGCAAGAGGGCAGGACAAAGGGGACAGAGGCAAAGCCACAAAUAAGGGACCUGCACAGCGCAUCCAAGGAGCUUUAGACACUCUGGGCACAAAGUGGAUAUUCUCACUGCGGUGGUUUAAGAAGGCAACCCUGCACAUGGGACCUGGGAUUCACAAGUACUUUGAUGGACCCAGACAACAGGAAGAGUUGGCUCUUCUCACUGCUUUGCUCUCUGGACAAAGCUUCCACCUCAUCAAAGGAGCUUAUUUCUCACUAUCGGACUUUUCUUAAGGCACAGGGGCCUGUGGGGUUAUUGGGUUCUUCUCUCUGAAAGGAAGGAAAAAUGAUCAGCUC